AUGUUGUGGGAGUCACACAAACUCCUUGGGUCUAAAGCUGUAGUGUAACUUGCUGUUUUCCUUGUCACAGAUUUCAUCUUCCAGAAGGAACUGUUUGCUGCCAGAGACACAGACUCCAUGCACAACCUUUCUGCUCAGCCCUGGCAGGCAAAGAUGGCCAACCUGACCUAUGACAACUUCACCCUGGGCAACCGCUCCGAGGUGGCCAUCCAGCCUCCCACCAACUACAAGACAGUGGAACUGGUUUUCAUUGCCACAGUCACUGGCUCGCUCAGCCUUGUCACCGUGGUGGGGAACAUCCUGGUGAUGCUCUCCAUCAAGGUGAACCGACAGCUCCAGACCGUCAACAACUACUUCCUCUUCAGCCUGGCCUGCGCAGACCUUAUCAUCGGGGUCUUCUCCAUGAACCUCUACACUGUCUACAUCAUCAAAGGCUACUGGCCGCUGGGGGCCGUGGUGUGUGACCUGUGGCUGGCUCUGGACUAUGUGGUGAGCAACGCCUCUGUCAUGAACCUGCUCAUCAUCAGCUUUGACCGGUACUUCUGUGUCACCAAGCCCCUGACAUACCCCGCCAGGAGGACCACCAAGAUGGCAGGGCUGAUGAUUGCAGCCGCAUGGAUAUUGUCCUUCGUUCUCUGGGCCCCUGCCAUCUUGUUCUGGCAGUUCAUUGUGGGCAAGAGGACAGUCCCUGAGAGGGAAUGCUACAUCCAGUUCCUCUCCAACCCAGCAGUGACCUUUGGCACGGCCAUUGCUGCUUUCUACCUUCCCGUAGUCAUCAUGACAGUGCUGUACAUCCACAUCUCCCUGGCCAGCAGAAGCAGGGUGAGGAGACAUAAGCCUGAAAGCAGAAAAGAGAGGAAAGCCAAGUCCCUCAGGUUCCUCAAGGGCCCCCUGGUCAAACAGAACAAUAAUAACUCUCCCAAGAGGGCUGUGGAGGUGAAGGAGGAGGUGAGGAAUGGGAAAGUGGAUGACCAGCCAUCAGCACAGACAGAGGCCACUGGCCAUCAGGAAGAGAAGGAGACAUCUAAUGAGUCCAGCACUGUCAGUAUGACCCAGACCACAAAAGACAAGCCUACAGCAGAAAUCUUGCCAGUGGGACAAGGACAGAGCCCAUCCCACCCACGGGUGAACCCAACUUCCAAGUGGUCCAAGAUUAAGAUUGUCACCAAGCAGACUGGGAGUGAAUGUGUUACCGCCAUUGAGAUCGUCCCAGCUAAGGCUGGAGGCUCUAACCACAACUCCCUGGCCAACAGCCGCCCAGCCAAUGUUGCCAGGAAGUUUGCUAGCAUUGCCAGAAGCCAAGUACGGAAAAAGCGCCAGAUGGCAGCCCGAGAGAAGAAAGUCACCCGCACCAUAUUUGCUAUCCUGCUAGCCUUCAUACUCACAUGGACUCCAUACAACGUGAUGGUCCUCAUUAACACCUUCUGUGAGACCUGUGUACCUGAAACAGUGUGGUACAUUGGCUACUGGCUCUGCUAUGUCAACAGCACCAUCAACCCAGCCUGCUAUGCCCUCUGCAACGCCACUUUCAAGAAAACCUUCAAGCACCUUCUCAUGUGCCAGUACAGGAACAUUGGCACAGCCAGAUAAACUGGCACUCAGGGACCACUUCAGUAACAUUAUGGAAGCCCUUCCCUUUGCCUCCUUUGCCAGCAGGGGUUCCUCUGCUCCCCACUCACAACAGUGCAGACUGUGCAGUGAUUGCAGAUGAUGCCCUUCAUCUAAUGCUGACAAAGAUCCAAGGCACCUCUGAGCUGCAAGUCCUUCCAGGGCCUGGGGACUAGCCUGGGGAGCCAGCAGGAAAGCCAGAGGCAAGAGGAGGAGAUGUGGUCACCAGGAGCCCUCCCCAGCUCCAUGCUCUUGAGAUUGGUCAAAUGGCAUCAGUGUUUCUCCUAAGACUGGAUGCAACUUCUCCCCUGGCUGACUGUCUCCAGAGCAUCAGAGCUUGUCUGCAUGCAGAUGGGCUAAUGCUGGAUGCUUUCAAUGGGCUUUUAAAAUGUUUAUUACCCAAGAAACGAAAAGAAACCAGGGCCAAACAUUUGCUAGACAUCUUGUACCAGGCUAGCUCAGACAUGCUAAUGGGGAGCCCUACUGGCCCAGCCAGGCCCCCUCCCAAGGCAGGCAAGAUGGCACCCUAACAUGUGGCAAGCUCCUUCCUUUCUCCUCAGAGUGCCAUCAGGCAUCCUCAUGCAGGGACCCAGGGCAGAAUUUUUCCCUGGACUUUGGCUCCACUGUCCUCUUCAUGCCCUUUCUGUCCUCAGACAGCAAAUGCCUGGACAAACAAGCCAAGUAUCUCACUCCUGGAUGAGGAGUGUGAAGUCCAGUCACCUCCUGUGGUGAUGGAAACCAAAACUGCAAAGAAAGCAGUGGUGUGGUGCAGGAGUUAGCUCCACAGCCUGGGGAACGUGGCCCCUGAGAAGUGGGCAGCAGUGACUGUGAAAUUAACUGUCCUUGGGUGGGACAGGUGGGACCUGGGGGCCUUGGAGGCAAGUGGGAAGAGAGUUUACAAUGUGGCCGAGUUGCCCUGUGUUUCAUCCGGACCAUGAGCAGGUCCCCAGUCUCCCCAUGGUGGGUGUGGGAGGCCUGGUGCAUGGCUCUGGAGGCGGGAGAGGCCCUCUCCUGCCCCGGAUGCAGCAGGAUGCUCCAGGGAGGCUGAAGGAGCCAGUUGCUGAGCUUUGUAAAUGGAUGUAAUGCUGUCGUGGGUGUUGUGGCAGAGCCCUCAGCAUGCGGGCUUCAGCCAGCGUCCCAGCCUCCGCCCAGCCCCGCUGUGUGUGCAAACCCAGGCCAUCCCAGGACUGCUGCUCAGCUUCUUCCAAAGCCAGGUUUCUGGAAGCAUUGGUGGACACAGCCAGGUGUAGACAAGGAAUGGGACAGGGCCACUCUAGCACUGGCAAAUUUUGUGUCCAUAUUUCUUUCCCAUCCUCACACCAGGAUGAUGCUGUGUAACCUGGAGAAAGGCUGCCCCAACCCAGAUGGAAACCCCUCCACCACUGCCUUUAGGAUAAUUCACACAGGUGUGCCCAAAAUGCCUGGUGGGCUUCUGGGUAUAUUCAAAUGGUUACAACUGUGGCCCAACCCAUCCCAUCCCAAGACAAAUAAAGACCUUGAAUCAGAAAACAGCAGCUACAGUGUGAGGAGUAAAUGAGUCAUCACCUGGGUGCUCCUUCCCAACUUCCCAGUGUCAACUA